UACGACACUCGCCAGCAUCUCCCAACCUAGGACCCUGUUGUUAUAAGAACUCUCCCAAUCCUGUAAAACCCUAAUCUUCAACUCUGCUCUUCUGGUCUUCGACUGACGGCCGUCGUCUCUGUUUCUUCACAGUCACACCCCUCACCAGACCGCACAGAUGGGAUUCAAACGAUAUGUUGAGAUCGGGCGGGUGGCUCUGAUCAACUACGGGAAGGAAUAUGGAAAGCUCGUCGUCAUCGUCGAUGUCGUCGAUCAGAACCGGGCACUAGUUGAUUCCCCAGAUAUGGUUAGGAGCCAAAUUAACUUCAAGAGGCUUACUCUCACCGAUAUCAAGAUUGAGAUUAACAGAGUUCCCAAGAAGAAGACGCUUAUUGAAGCCAUGGAGAAGGCUGAUGUUAAGGGCAAGUGGGAGAACAGCUCAUGGGGUCGCAAAUUGAUCGUUAAGGAGAGAAGGGCUGCCCUUACCGACUUUGAUAGGUUCAAAUUGAUGUUGGCCAAGAUCAAGAGAGGAGGAUUGGUCAGGCAAGAGCUCGCCAAGCUGAAGAAGGAGACCGCCGCUUAGGACCUCCCACAGUAUUAUUUUCUCUAUUUUUGUUGGUAGUCUGCAAGGGUUGUGCCUCUGGGAUGUUGUUUCGUUUUCUGUUUCAGAUAUACAUUGAUCAGCUGAAGGGAUUUUCUUUUUGUGAUAUGAAACGAGAGACCCAUUUUGUAGAAGCUAAGAGUGCAAUGUUUUUGGCGUGUUUAUUGCUAUUCAUAUCGCCUUGCUGUUUCUCGUAUUCAUAAGUAGAUCUGAAGGUUUCAAUUUUGUCGGUGCAAAGUUUUGUUCUCUUAAGGCUUGUUUAGUUUCAUUUCUGUUUUCUCAAACAAAUGUUGAAAAAACAACAUUUUGUCGUUUUUGAAACA